CAAGCCGGACGCAGGAUCUGUUUCGAAACUUUGUGGGGUUGUGCUGUCAACUUUAGAAACUACUAAGAAAGCAGUGUUUUCAGGUUUUGGAUCUAGCCAGGAAUUAGCAGUCACGUGACCAGUGGUAACGGCUUUUCGCUGUCCACGUGAUAUUACAAACUUAGCAUGGCUUCAUAUGUCACGGAAUAGAUCCUGAACUGAAAGUAGCUAUAGAUCUGUAGCUUACAUCCAGUCAGGCGAAACUCUUGAGUGAUUUAAAUUCCCCCCCGGAUGACAAUGACUAAAUAAAACGAUUUCUUUGCGCAGACGAGCUGAGUGUGAUCUGAGUGAAGUGUUUUGCUUUCUCAAGUGGACAAGCUGGAUUUUUCUUGUGCAUUUGGUAUAGUUUCGUGAUCCAGUAAUGUAUCUCGACAUGUAUAGAGUGCUGCAGGGAUGAUUGCUAACAAGUGGCAAAAAGGGACAACAGAGUUUGAGACAUUAAACAUCAUCACGGUGAAUAGACUGAGAGGGAAAAGUGGGAACCUUAAUGAUGAUGAACUUGCUGACAAGACACAAGUUUCCAUUGAAUGUAAUCUCACUGAGCUUGUCAAGUGCCUCAAGUAAGAGUUUCUGGACAUUAUGCCAGUUGAAGAGGUCUGUGAUGGUGUAUCAGCAGAGGAUGAUGCUAAGACAGGGUCAGAUGUUCCUUUCCUUUUAGAGGAGCGUGUAAAAGACAAGGUGCCAUGGAAGGAGGUGUUGAGAAGGAAGGUGGGAAAAAAGUGUUCCUGCAGUUCUGCUCGAGUCAAAGCCCUGCUCGUAGACUCCAUCCCAAUCAUCAAAUGGCUGCCGCGAUAUCAAUUCAAAGACUGGAUCAUUGGGGAUGCCAUGUCUGGCCUUAUCAUCGGCAUCCUGUUGGUUCCCCAGUCCAUCGCCUAUUCUUUACUGGCAGAACAAGACCCUAUUUAUGGGCUCUAUACUUCCUUCUUUGCCAGCAUUAUCUAUGCCCUGCUGGGAACCUCCAGGCACAUAUCUGUUGGGAUGUUUGGGGUUUUAUGUCUUCUGGUGGGACAGGUUGUGGAUAGGGAGCUUACUCUGGCAGGAUACUCAUCGGACACCAAUCAGACCAUCAUGGGAAUUGUGGACAACAGCACUGGUCCAAUCUGUGACCGAAGCUGCUAUGCAAUCAUGGUGGGAGCAACCUUAACUUUCACAGCAGGGGUCUACCAGGUGUUAAUGGGUCUCUUACAGGUUGGCUUUGUCUCUGUCUUCCUCUCCGACUCUCUGUUGAGCGGUUUCGCGACUGGCGCCUCUCUCACCAUCCUCACGUCCCAGAUAAAGUACUUUCUGGGGCUUCACCUUCCUCGUGUCCAAGGCUGGGGUUCGCUCAUAAAAACCUGGGUCUCUCUGCUGAAGAAUCUAGGUCAUACCAACGUAUGUGACCUCGUAACAAGCGUGAUCUGCUUGCUUGUACUUGUACCCACAAAAGAGCUCAAUGACCGCUUCAAGGCUAAGCUCAAGGCCCCUAUUCCCUUUGAGCUCUUUGUGGUCAUUGCUGCUACUCUAGCCUCCCAUUUUGGAAAGUUCAAGGAAACUUAUGGCUCGGAUGUAGCCGGCAACAUUCCCACGGGCUUUAUGCCGCCACAGCUUCCGAACUGGUCUCUCAUACCCAAUAUUGCCAUCGAUGCAUUCUCGAUUGCCAUUGUUGGUUUCGCCAUUACUGUGUCUCUGUCCGAGAUGUUUGCCAAGAAGCAUGGUUAUAUGGUGGACCCUAACCAGGAGAUGUAUGCCAUUGGGUUCUGUAAUAUCAUUCCUUCCUUCUUCCGUUGUUUCACGACCAGCGCCGCCUUGACCAAAACUCUUGUGAAGGAGUCCACUGGUUGCCAGACUCAGGUCUCGGGGUUGGUGACCGCUCUAGUGCUGCUGCUCGUCCUGCUUGUUAUUGCACCUCUCUUCUACUCAUUGCAGAAAUGUGUUCUGGCCGUCAUCAUAGUCGUCAACCUCCGUGGGGCGCUGCGAAAGUUUGGGGACAUUCCCCAAAUGUGGCGUGUCAACCGUGUGGACACUAUCAUCUGGCUGGUUACCAUGUCUGCAUCAGCACUAGUGAACACUGAGCUAGGUCUGCUGGUUGGAGUUCUGGUCUCUGCGUUCUUUGUGCUAGGCCGAACCCAGUCUGCCCAAGUCCUUCAGCUGGGCCAAGCAGGGGACCGCGAGCUCUUUGAGGACAUUGGGUCUUACAAGGGCCUUCAGACCCAACCAGGAGUGGCUGUUUUCCGAUACGAGGCUCCCAUCUACUACGCCAACCAAACUCUGUUUAAGAAGUCACUGUACCGCAGUGUGGGACUGGAUCCACUUAAAGAGAAGGCCAGGCGUAGGAAACUAGAGAAGCAAAAGAAUCAGAAACAAGGUGUUAAAGACCAGAAGCAAGAGAUGGAUGUGUCCACCAAUGUGUAUCUGCUAGAGCACACCAGUUUACACACAUUGGUCAUAGAUUGCAGUCCAGUGCUGUUUCUGGACACUGCUGGAGUCAAUGCUUUGAAAGAGGUAUGCAAGGACUACAAGGAGCUGGGAGUCAAUGUACUUUUGGCACAAUGCAACACCUCCGUCACUGAUUCCUUGCGAAGGGGAGGCUACUAUGACCCAAAGAAAGGGACCAAAGAAAUAAAGUUUCACACUGUUGGUGAUGCCAUCGCUUAUGCCCAAAGUUUGAAGUCACAGAAUGGUGAUUGUGACACCGUUGUGUAAUAAUUUGUAAUGCAUUGAUUUGUAAACAAAGUUGUCUUUGCAUUUAAUAUUUGUAUGUUUUGGCAUUAUAUAGAGAUUUAAAUUUAAAGGCACCCACACACUACAAGAUAAUUGGGCCCAAUUCUCCCUUUCUGACAAUCCUAGGUAAAGUCCCGAGUAUCUUGAUGGUUCUCUACAGAUUAUCUUAUCAGAUUUUCUGUGGUGUGAGGUGUGUUAAGUGUGAUUGGGUCUGCUCGGAAGAAUGUCGAGGCCACACCGAUCUCAAAUCGUAAAUAUACAACAUGUUGAAUAUUUAAGAUCAGAAAUCCUGUUGUGGACACUCUGUAGAUUGUCACGUGGAACGAAAGGAUACCCAAUCACAAAGUGAGCUGAUGAAAGAUGGAAGCAUAACACUACUUCAUCCAAACCUUUUUUUUUUUUUUUUUUUUUUUCUGUGAAUUUGUCUGCAAAAAGCAGUCCAAACACUAUUAUCGCCAUUUCUUCUUGCCAGUCGUCUACCAUUUUUGUUUACUGUAAAGUCAUUUUGCAAAGAGAUUUUGCGAGAUUUCUCAUGUUCACAGUCGGGACUGGUUGUGUGUGAAUGAAAUCUGUUGGUGUGUGGCCUGCUGUCUUGGUCACGUCGCGGCACUCCACACACUAUAGUAACAAAACCGCUAAAUCUAUGAUUUAUUUAUCGUCAUGUUUGUGGUCUCUCAUAUUUUGAAAAUCUGAUAAGAUUUUAAGUCUUUUAGUGUGGGCCAGCCUUUCAGAAUUAUAUAGUGCACCCAAAAAUGAAAAUUCUGUCAUUGUUUACAACCCACAUGUUGUGACGUUAUAUCAUCUGUUGAACAUAAAAGAACAGUAUUUUUGUCCAUACAGUGAAAGUCAAUGGGGUCCAAAACAGUAUGCAUAAUUUUUCAAACAUUUUUUUAAAAUAUUUGUUUGUGAACUAUCUCUUUAAGGUUCUGAAAUGGAUAGACAAUCAUCUGUUCACAUCUGUUUCAACAAAACUGGUAUUGAAAGAAAAAGAUGUGCUGUAUUGUUAAGGGCCUUUAAAUAGAAGUUCAAACACUGUUAACUGUAGGUCAUUGUGUAUCUCAUGACAUUUAUCUUAAAAAUUAUGUAUGACAUUUACACAUUUUAUAACACAUUUUGCUUAAUUUAAAUAGCUAAAGUUCAGUAUAUAAUGGCUCUAUUUUUCUACAUAGAAAUGGUUUAUGCUAGACAAGCUCUAGCUUGUAUAUCUACUCCUUAUCUCCUUCCACUCUAGAUUUGUUGCUCAUUCAGUGAGAAUUAUGUGUUAUACAAUCUCAUUUGUGACAUUUACCCAGCUUUAUGGGUACUUGUGCAGUUUUAAAUGACCAUAAAGCUUGUAUAUAUACUGAG